AACGUCGUUUAAAAUGGUUGAAAAAAGGUCGUGUCUGGUUAGCUUGAUAAUAGUAUUUGGGAAAAUUUGACAACUUCGUUCCUUCUGAUGUUGUGACGUUGCUAAAGUUAGCUCGUUUACUUUUUAAAAAUGUCGGCUGACUAUAGCAAACACAAGGUCUAAUAUGCCACUGCAGCAACACCGUACAUUAACAACUAUCACUGCUACCCCUAAUAAUAACGCUCGUCAUAAUAACGCAAUUACACUUGAAUUGAACUUGAAUUAAAGUUGAAUGUGGUCUAGCGCCAGCCCAUGACUUACAGUACUGCGAAGUACUUGUUCGCAGGUGGGAGUGAAGGAGGAGGAGCCACGGAAGAAGAAGAAAGACCUGGGGACGCACGUUACGACAGGCCGGAGUGGAUGAGAAGUUGUCUUGUCAUCGUAGUAAAAACUUCCAUCAUGGAAGAAUAACGAGCAUGCCGUCUUACGGUGGAUCCGCAGGGGAUUAAAAGAAGAAUCGGGGCAAAGAGAUGGCGCAGCAAGAAGAGCCUCUGUAUGAUUUCCCGGAGCCCAGCCAGUCGGAGCGCAAGUUCCUUGGGCAUCAAAGGGGACAGGGCUCCCUGAGAAGCAUCAGCGUACUGGACCGUCUCCUGCUCACAGUCCCUGUCUGGCUUCAGCUGUCAAUCAACCCGGCCACUGCACUGCACAUACUGCAGAGAGAGCCUCCUGGGACAUUCCUGGUGCGAAAGUCCCGCACAUCCCAUAGAAACGUGCUGUGCGUCCGCUUGGCGGAUGACAGCGUGCCAUCCUUCGUUCAUCAGUUUGGCAUCAGGGAGGAACACUGCACUCUGUCUGUGGAGACUUCAGCCAUCAGCUUUCCAGAUCUCCCGAGACUAAUUUCCUUCUACUGUGUCAGCAGAGAUGUAUUACCCUUCCCUCUGGAGCUUCCUGAGGCCAUUGCAAAGGCAACAUCCCACAAAGAGCUGGAGUCCAUCUCACAUAUGGGAAUAGAAUUUUGGAGUUCCCACCUAAAUGUCCGUGGGCCACGGGAGGCACCUAAGCCCCAGAAGGACACGGAGAAGAAGCCAGACACUGUAACCUCAGCCUCGACGGCUGCUCCUCCACAGACAAGCUCUGAGUCCACUCCCCAGCCCAACUCAGACUACCAGCUCAACACAGUACUUCAGUCAGACACUACCACCAAACAAUCGGGUCCCAACCCCACUCUGUUCCACGAGUUUUGUCCAAUCACGACGCGCAGCCCCAGAGAGUUGGACUGUGGCUCCGGCCUGGGCGCUCUCUGUUUCAUCAACCCCCUUUUCCUGCAGUCUCAGAACGCUUUGUCCAGACGGCGCAUGUUCAAACGCAGCCUCAAGGUUCGGGUCUCCACAGAGACAUCAACCAUGCUGUCACCUCCUCUUGCUCCACCACCUCCACCGCCUCUAAUGCCCAAAACUAAGGGGAGAUGUAAAGCCCCGAAACAGGAACAAGAAGACGCUCAACCCAGUGAAGGCCCAGGCCUUUUAAAGGGUGAAAACCUAAGUCAAGUCCCUCAGAGUGAUCCCACAGCUCAGGACACCAAGCCUCCGACACAGAUACAGGACACGCCCAGUGAGGCCCAAAUGCAGCCUCCAUCAACAAUUCCUCACUCGCAGCCUGAGACGCAGGAGCAGGGCCGAACACCGGGCCAAACUCAAGCCGGAGUCGAGGGAGUGGGGGCUACAGCUCAGCUACCGGCAGUAAUGGAGAAUCUCCCGGAUGAUUCAGACUACAUGCAGCCCUCUCCAAUGAUCAAUUUCUCCCAUUCUCCCUCACUCUCUCCUUACCUCUCCCCAGCUGUUUCUCCCAUGGCGCCCCCCCUUUUCCCCAAAAUGUCUCUGUCCCUCUCUCUUCACAGCUCUCCCUGUGUUUCUCCCUCUCUCUCCCCUUAUCAAUCCCCAUCACUUUCUCCCAAGGUCCCCUUUUCUAUCUCUCCUCAUGACUCACCCAGUGCCUCGCCCUCUCUUUCACCUUAUCAGUCCCCAUCCCCUUCUCCAAAGAUCCCCUUCGGUCUUUCUCUCUUCACCUCGGCACCCUUCUCUCAGCUGGCAGAGCAGGCUCAUCACACACCUGCUACCCCUUCAAGGCCAGAUCAGCAAAGAUCAGAGAGAGACAGUGAGCUGGAGGGAGCAGGUGCAGGUGAAAAUAAGGAUGAAGACGGCGACACGAAUGAGGAACUGCAGGAAAAGGGUCUGGUUUUACAGAUGAAUGCAGCUUCUCUUAAUGACACAGACAGCUGCAGUUCCUUCGGCAGUCUUGAGGGGGCAGCAGAGACUCCACCUCACUCACCCCACAGUCAGAACAACACGAUGAGCCUGUAGCGAACAAAAAUAUGAGACAGUCACUGGAUAACAUUAUGUUCUGUCAUGAGACACUAUGUAGAAUUAGUGUGCGUAUGUUGACAGCAUUCCAGCUCCUACAAAGAGAGUUUAGUACACGGCAGUAAUUUGAAUUAAAUGAUAUGUUUUUCAGUACAAAACCAGAAAUUUACAUGCCCAUGCUGGGUGGUCUUUCAUGUUUUGACUACAAAUUGUUUACACUUUCUAUCAUGCUCCAUAGACAGCCAAUUUCCCAAGCAUACAAUAAAAUUUUUGACAGCUUUCAUACCUGACAGAGUUUGGGUAUUUUCUGAGAAUUAAUUUGCAGGGGCUUAAGACUUUCUUGAGAUAUGUAGUGCACAACUGUAGUAAAAAUGGAUAGACAUAAAACAGGAUGAUGUGAAUGAUCCUGUUGUUUCUACGGCUAAAUUGUAGCUGUUCAGCAUUAAA